CAACCGAUAUCUUUCCGGUUAAAAUACAGUGAUCCUAUAUAUCUUUUCUUCUGCUAAUAUUUUAACUCCUGUUUUAUGAGAAAUUUCUGUUCUUUGCAUCGGUUUAACUGAAGUUAAUCCUGGGAAUCAAUCAACUUUUAAGCAGAGUAUCUGUGUUGCUUUCACAUUAAAACCCUGAAUAAAGGAAAAAAAAAGGAAAAUAGUCUAACAGUUUAGAAGAGUUGAUUCUGGGUGACAGUGGGCUGCGACAUCGAGUUCUGUAGGUUCCUGGGUAGAUUUUGCCUUUUCUUUUUCCCAUAAAUUUAAAACCUAUUGAAAAAUUAGAGUCCGAGUCUUGGUUUUUCAAUCGAGGGGUUUCUUUCUUUCUUUCUUGCAUGUUUUUCUUUUAGAGCUCAUCCUGGAGACCCCUUUGAGUUUUCUUUAAGAUUAAAGAAGAGAGAAGGAAAUUUUCUUCUUAUUGCAGUUUCCACCAGAAAACCAAACUGGACGAUAUUUCAGUGAAGGAGCCUCUUAAAUGGGAUUUCAUUCGAAAAUUUGGAAUUGAUAAGAUUUGGGUUCACCAAAUUCAGUUUUUUUCGGGGUGCCAUCGUUUUUAACUCUUCUUUUAAUUUUAUAUAUAAUUAGCUGUUGAAACUUCAAACAUCAAAAAAUAGAAUUCCCGACCGAUUUCUCCUCUUUUCCUCGCCCUUGAAAAGAGAAAAAAAAGAAUCCCAUAGUCUCUCUCCCUCUCUAUCUCUCCCUCUUCCUCUGUUCCGCAGGUGGGGAGGGGGAAAACUAGGAUAUCUCCCAGGUUCUGUAUUCCUCUCUCCUUAUCUCUCUCCAACCAUGAUUUUUGACAGGAGGCCAAUGCAAUCAAACCUUGAAUGUUUUCUCGACUGCACGAUGCCCGUCGUUCCAUCACAGUUUCUACCAAAGACUUCCAUGAAGAACCUUAAUAGGCUUUGGCAUCCUUGGGACAGAGAAACAGUAGAGUAUUUCACUUUGAGAGAUCUCUGGAGUUGUUAUGGUGAAUGGAGCGCUUACGGUGCUGGAGUUCCAAUCAUAUUAAGCAGUGAAGAAACAGUUGUUCAAUACUAUGUUCCUUAUCUUUCAGCAAUCCAGAUCUUCACAAGCCAUGCAUCCUUAUACAGUUUACGGGAAGAGACUGAAACAAGGGAUAUUGAGAUAAGAGAUUCUUUCAGUGAUUCAUGCAGCGAUGUGAGUGAAAGUGAGAAGUUGUGGAGAUUGGACGGUGGUUCCUCUGAGGAAUGUGGGCUUGACCAAGAGAACCUCUGGCAGCUUAGUGAUAGGUUGGGUUACCUUUAUUUUCAGUACUUUGAGAGAUCAGCUCCUUAUGGAAGAGUUCCUCUGAUGGACAAGAUCAAUGGAUUAGCUCGAAGAUUUCCUGGAUUAAUGACUCUAAAGAGUGUUGAUCUUUCACCAGCUAGUUGGAUGGCGGUUGCUUGGUACCCAAUAUAUCACAUUCCCACAGGGAGAACAGUAAAGGACUUGUCUGCUUGUUUUCUGACUUACCACACUCUCUCAUCUUCAUUCCAAGAUAUGGACCCUGAAGAAGUUACUGAGAGCGCCCAUAGGAAGCAGAAGGAAGGCGAAGGUAUUGCUCUCCCACCAUUCGGUCUAGCCACAUAUAAGAUGCAUGGAAAUGUGUGGCUCUCGGGCGAGAGUGGGCGGGACCAAGAGAGGUUGUUGUCAUUGGUGAGUGCAGCAGAUUCGUGGCUAAAGCAGCUAAGCGUCCAGCACCACGACUUCAAUUACUUCACCGGGAUUCGCCAUGGAUGAUCCUGCACAACCGUUGUUUUCAAUCAAAUUGCCCCUACCCCAAGUAAAGACUAAAGAGUAUACGAACAAGGCCUUUCUUAUCUUUACUUUAACCGGAGCUUGGAAUGGGCCCCAAGCGCGUGGAUGGUUGUCUACUCUUAUCAUUCUUAGCUUGAGCAGUUGCCUGCGUUUAACGCACAAUCCAGUGGUGGCUUGAUUGAAGUUCAUAUUCUGAUUGACUGGGGACGCCUUUUUUCGCUUGGUCAGAUUCAAGGCCUCUUGAAGUUUCCAUCAAAUGAGUUGAGAGAGAUAGAAAGAGAGACAGACAGACAUACAGACACUUGUUUUUCUCGGUCUUCUUCUUCCUUGGCAGAGAGAGAGACACAAUUAUAUCCAGAGAGAGAGAAAAAGAGAGGGCAAAAUGAGCAUUAAGGCUGUAAAAUUAAACUUGCAUGGAUGGUGUACUUAGUCUUCCAACUAGGGAGCCAGAUGAGAGAUGACAUCUCUUCUUUCUUUCUUAGUAGUGGUCUAGGGAAAAAAAUGGGAAACGUCCUCUGAUCUUCCACAUACUUUUGUACUUGGCAUUGUGCUCUGCCAAGUCCCAUCUCACAUAGACACUGAUCAGCGUUGUUUGGUUUUGGUGUUUUACAUUUUGACACUUGUUUGAUCAACGUUGUUGGUUUAAAGGAAUGAAAUUAAACGUGCAAUGAAUGAACCAUUGACUGA